UCACUUCCGGUGUUGUGCGCCGUAUUGACGACUGUCAAACCCCAGACUUCCUCGGACUUGGUAGUAUGGUUUGAUUCAUCCCUCCGGUGAGCAGGCUGUUGUCUACAUGAGGAGCGGGCUGUAGGAGCUCAGCAGCCGGACAGGAGGGAUCAUGGUUGGGCUGCUGAUGGUGUUUCUCGGGGGGGUUCUGGAGGUCUGCGUCGGAGUCUCGGCGAACAGAGGAGGGUAUCCCUCUUUUACGGACGAAAUCCCUUUCAAAAUCACCUGGCCGGGCGCUGAAUUCACGCUGCCCGCUACAGGGGGCCUGUACAGGGAAGACGACUUCGUCAUCAUGACAACAACCGAGAAGGAGAAGUAUAAAUGUCUCCUGCCCUCCUUGACAUCUGGAGAUGAGGAUGACGAUAAGGAGUACACUGGGCUCAGUCCGGGGGAACUGCUGGAGCCGCUCUUCAAACGAAGCAGCUGCUCCUACAGAAUUGAGUCAUACUGGACGUAUGAAGUAUGCCAUGGAAAGCAUAUACGACAGUACCACGAAGAGAAGGAGACGGGCCAGAAAAUCAGUGUCCAAGAAUACUUCCUGGGGAAUAGGGCACAGAAGAGAGAGUCAACCGAGACGGGCGAGUUAACUUGCGACUAUAAAGUUGAAGAGGCAGAACGUGUCAAAUCAGCAGCUGAAAUGGAAGUGACCUCUAAGAACAUAGAAGGUCAGCUGACUCCCUUCUUCUCGCUGGAGAUGGGAAACGGGACCCCCUGUGUGCUGAAACAGGACGAGGCUCGCUCAACGUCUGUGCUGUACGUCUGCCAUCCGGAGGCCAAGCAUGAGAUCUUGUCCAUCGCUGAGGUCACCACCUGUGAAUAUGAGGUGGUGGUGUUGACACCGCUGCUUUGCGCGCACCCAAAAUACAGGUUCAAGUCCUCCGCGGUGAACGCCAUCUUCUGCCAGGCUCUGGCAGGCUCCCCUUUGCGGCCUCGGUGGCUCACCCAGCUGGACCAGGAGCAAGAGGAGCAGCUGAAACCGCCUUUCAGCACCACCACCGGGGCCAGAGAGGAGCGGACGUCACCGGUGAGAGAGGAGGCCUUCACCUCCACUCACAAACCCAUGACGGUAGCAGGGCAGUCUCAGGUCACUGUCGGCAGCACGCACAUCUCUCGUUUGACGGAUGAUCAGCUGAUCAAGGAAUUCCUGAGUGGCUCCUACUGUCUGCAUGGGGGCGUAGGGUGGUGGAAAUAUGAAUUCUGUUACGGCAAGCAUGUCCAUCAGUACCAUGAGGAUAAGGCCCAGGGAAAGAACACCGUGGUGGUCGGGAACUGGGACGCCAUGGAGCACAGCGACUGGGCCAAGAACAACGUCGCCCGAUCCUACCAGCUCAAAGACGAUGGGGUGCAGAAAGUCAAGUUGGUUUCCCACUUUUAUGGCCAUGGGGACGCGUGUGAUCUGACAGGGAAGCCCAGACAGGUCAUUGUCAAGCUCAAAUGUAAGGAGUCCGAGUCUCCCCACGCUGUCACGGUCUAUAUGCUGGAGCCUCAGACGUGUCAGUACAUCCUGGGGGUUGAGUCCCCGCUCAUAUGCCGGAUUCUUGACACUGCUGAUGAAUAUGGACUUCUGUCAAUCUCCAGCUAAAUUAGCAAAGAUCAGAUGACGGCAACGGGACACGAAGGACAGAGAGAUGCACAUGGAGAGAGAGAGAGGACAUUUAUCAUAAAGGUGGAAGACCACUUGGCGGAUAAGCCCAAACCGAGGUUAAACUUGAGGCUGGACUUCACUUGUCGGUGCAACAUGCUUCGUCCAGCAGGCGGACUCUGACUUUGUGAUGACUCAGUGAAUUGGUGCGGACGCCUCACUCCACAAGGCCUGUGCUCCAUAUCGACGCUUCACUUUGUGUUGGUUAGUUGCAAGCAAACGAGUUCUGAAUCAAGGGGAUCUGUUAACAUCAGGGGAAAUCACAUUAUUCAUGCAUUUAUUUACUUUCAGGUUGUUUUGUGUGUGAAAUGAAAUAAGUAGCUGCUUGGCUGUCACUUUGUACUUGUAGAUAGGGGGAAGCAAAGUGUGUGUUUUGUUAAUUUACAGGAUGAGUGAGUGUAACUUAUGCGUUAGUGGAAUAGCAACGAAAGUGAAUGGUCGAUUAAAAUGUCCUUUACGUUUGUCGAUGCACACUGGAAUCCUGAUUAAUGCUGCAGCGAUACACGCCUGGCAGCAAAGAAUAAAACUGAAACAUGGAAUCUCAA